AUGUUUCCAUCUACUUUCAAAGACGAUGAAGUUAUUGGGCAUAUCAUCACAGAUCUUGAUGUGGAGAAUGAGUCUCUCUCAACUGAAUCUCCCAACUCUUUGGAAGAUUUCCUGGCACACUUUGAAGAUCCAAAUGAUAAUAUGAUAACAGAAAUAGUGGAUGCCUUGCAUCUGCAUGUUCUUUCUGCUGCCCAUUCAGAAUUUGAUCUGCUGAAGGCAUCUGAAGCACUGAAAAGAGCUGACACUGAUUAUGUGGAGGAACUAAAGGAGGCUUUCAAGGUCUUUGACAAGGAUCAAAAUGGUUACAUUUUUGCUGAAACUGUUGCAUCUCAUUUGGAUAGCAUCGAUUAG